CAUGAGGGCAGAGGGAUAGCGAUUAGGGGUAGCGAUAGCGAUUAGGGGUAAGCAAGUGGGUCGACGGGAGUUUGGAGUCGAUAGGCUAGAAAUUGGAGAAGACGCCUUGGAAAAACCCGAGCUGUCCUGGAAAACUUUUUGGCGGUAGCUUUUGGUGAGAGUUUGAGGGUACUAGAUCAGAACCACAAACGAACCAAAACACUGUACAACACACCCUGUACCAUACGCUACUAAUACAAGCCUUCCCAUCAUGGAGGCCUUCAAGAUGCCUUUCCGUAGGAGACCGCAGCUUCUCUGCCUCCUCUGCCAACGGCGAUCCUUUAGCACGUCUUACCGGCUGGCAGAGCAAGCUCAGAAAGCUGCAACGAAACCUUCGUUCAAGAAGGUCGCCACACCCGCCGCAGCGCCCGCAGAAGCUCCUGGCAAGUUCAUCCCUGAAGCGCCGCUUGAAAAUGCGCCCAGAGGUUACGGACCGCGAGUUGAAAAGUUCACACCAGUACCGCUGCCGCGGCCCAUAGGCAUGCCCUAUCCGCCAGAACCGGGCCAGCACACUGGCCUUGACAAUCGCUCCAUCAGGCAGAGAAGAGACGAUUUCGUGAACUGGGAUAAGCAUCUGGCCCGGCGUGAAGAGCUAAAAACCCAAUUCCGUAAACCGUACUUCCGUGACUGGUCGAAUCUUGAACUCCACAAGGGCAAGACAUUCAUCGCACCACCGAGACCCUUCAAAGGUGAUCUGUCUCUUUGGUUCCCCAAUAUGCAUGGAACUACGCUAUUAAAAACAGACCGGUCCCCUCGCGACACGACGCCAGUCAUGCAAGGCAAGGUCACAGUAGUGAGUCUAUUUAGUGGCCAAUGGGCCGAAGGUCAGGCGAAGAGUUUCGCCUCCGCAGAAAGCAACCCUGAGCUCCUGAGUCUGCUGGAUGCGAACAAGGGCAAAGCCCAGCAUGUCCGCAUCAAUGUUGAGGAAGACAGACUCAAGGCCUUCCUGAUUAAGCUGUUCAUGGGCAACCUCAGAAAGACCGUAGGAGAGGAGAACUGGGACAAGUACUUUGUGGUGCGGAGAGGCGUUUCCGAAGAAGUCAGAGAGGGCAUCGGCAUGCUGAACAGCAAAGUUGGCUAUGUCUAUCUCUUGGAUAGCGAAUGCAGGAUACGCUGGGCUGGCAGCGGCUACGCCGAGGAUCAUGAGCGCACGGGCUUGGUGAAGGGCCUGCAAAGAUUAUUGGACGAGGAGAAGGGCCCGAAGAGGCCCAAAGCUCCUGCUGCGACAGCUGCACAGACGGCCUGAGCAGACGAUUGAUGUGAAGAUAUGUGUAACCUCUAAUAUGUAUAACAUGAAUGAUACCCGACUCAGAUAUAGAGUCAUACCCUGGCAAAAGAUUUCG